AUGGCAGCCCGGCUGUGUCUCCUCCCCUGUUCAUUCACGUUCCCUUCCCUGGUCUCCUGUUCCCCACGGCUCCCUCACCUCUCCUCCUCCGCCUCACCAGCUCCUCUGUCCUCCGUGCCCACGUUCCCCUACCGUUACCUGACUUCUACAGAGCCCAUCCUGACAAGCCGGGAGGUCCGCCUGGGGGCGUCCGUUGAGGGGGGGCCCUGUUGUGGUGGCAGCCCGGCUUACAGCCCACCUCAGACGCUGCCGCCGGAUCUCGAGGGAGGCCAGGGCCACUCUUCUACGCAUCGCGGCCCGCAACCGUCAGUUGUCGGACUGCCACCAUCCCCGGCUCCCACCUACCGGCCUGGACAGCAGGUCUGGCUCUCCUCCAGGGACCUCCCCUUGCAGACCUCUUCCAAGAAACUCACCCCCCAGUUCAUUGGCCCCUACCCCAUUGAGGCCAUCAUUAACCCCUCCGCUGUGCGACUGACCCUUCCGCCUCACCUGUCCACCCUGUAUUCCAUGUCUCCAGAGUCAAACCUUUCGCCACCAGCACCCACUCUGUACCAGUGGCAGCACCUUCCCCUCCACGUAUGGUGGACGGUCACCUACACAGUGCAUCGCCUCCUGGACGUGCGACGUAGAGGUUGGGGCUACCGUUACCUGGUGGACUGGGCUGGUUACGGCCCAGAGGACCCCUCCUGGAUUCCCUCCAGCCAGAUCCUUGACAAGACCCUCCUGACAGACUUCUACAGAGCCCAUCCUGACAAGCCGGGAGGUCCGCCUGGGGGCGUCCGUUGAGGGGGGGCCCUGUUGUGGUGGCAGCCCGGCUUACAGUUCACUCACCUUCAUCCUCCGUCCAGUCAGCUGGGCUCGUCCACCUGUCCUCUCCCCUCGGGCUUCCUCCACGGUGCUCCCCCGGCUCCCCCUGCUCCUCGCCAGUCCACCUGCCACCACACCGCUCCCUUCCCCGGUCUCCUGUUCCCCACAGCUCCCUCGCCUCUCCUCCUCCGCCUCACCAGCUCCUCGGUCCUCCGUGCCCACGUUCCCCGGCGUCCGCCUCACCUCCUUCUCCUCUUCCCCUGCCUCCCUGUUCCCCAAAAUAAACCUAAACCUAAAUCUUUAACUGA